AUGCUGUUUAUGAAGGGAUCGCCUGACAACCCAAAAUGCGGAUUCUCGAAGCAAACAGUUGCAUUAUUGAAUGAGAUCGGAGCUACAUUUGGUUCAUUUGAUAUUCUAAGCGAUGAGGAGGUUAGGCAAGGACUCAAGACAUAUUCAAACUGGCCAACAUAUCCACAAUUGUACUUGGAUGGCGAGCUCAUUGGAGGCCUUGAUGUCAUUCGUGAAGAGCUCAAGGAUGCUGACUUCGUUGCCAAAUUACCGAAAAAGGAGGAGAACGAUCUGAAUGCCCGGUUGAAGAAACUUAUCAACAAGCAUAAGUUGAUGUUGUUCAUGAAAGGUGAUCGCUAUGAGCCGCAAUGUGGAUUCUCUCGUCAAAUAAUUCAGC